AUGUCAGCUUCAACUACCAUCCAAAAGCUAAGGCCGCCAAAGAUUUGGUGGGUGCCUGAGCUUCUGUAGUUCACAGAACAGUGAUAAGUGAUGAGUCUAAUACGAAGAAGGGUCUCCUCAGGCCUUCCUCAAGUUUUUGGAUUUGCAAAAAGGUCCUUCAAAUGCUUGAAAUUGACUGGGGACACUCUCGAUUCCUCUUCCUCUCCUUAUCUAACCCAUGGCAUCCACGUUUUUCAAUGCCCAGACGCGGUUGGUAUUGUUGCUAAGCUAUCAGAUUGCAUUGCUUCCAGAGGUGGAAACAUUCUUGGGGCUGAUGUUUUUGUGCCUGAAAACAAGAAUGUCUUCUAUUCUAGAAGUGAGUUCGUUUUUGACCAAGCUCAAUGGCCACGGGCUCUAAUGGAUGAAGACUUUCUUAAGCUAGCAAAAAUGUUCAAUGCAAAAACGUCUGUUGUCCGGGUGCCUGAUCUAGACCCCAAAUUCAAGAUUGCUAUUCUCGUUUCAAAGCAGGAGCAUUGCCUAACUGAUUUAUUACAUAGAUGGCAAGAUGGAAAAUUUCCAAUUGAGAUUACCUCUGUAAUAAGUAACCAUGAAAGAGGCCCAAACACACAUGUGAUUCGCUUUCUUGAAAGAAAUUGUAUUCCUUAUCAUUAUUUGCGCACAACCAAAGACAAUAAAAGAGAAAAUGAGAUCUUGGAUUUGGUAAAGGACACUGAUUUCUUAGUACUUGCCAGGUAUAUGCAGAUAUUAUCUGGUGAUUUUUUGCUGGGCUAUGGGAAAGAUGUAAUUAACAUUCACCAUGGCCUUCUGCCAUCAUUUAAGGGUGGGCAUCCAUCAAAGCAGGCUUUUGAUGCAGGUGUGAAAUUGAUUGGUGCAACUAGUCAUUUUGUGACUGAAGAGCUUGAUGGAGGGCCUAUUAUCGAACAGAUGCAGGUUGAGAGAGUUUCCCAUAGAGAUAAUUUGCAGAGUUUUGUGCUGAAAUCAGAGAACCUGGAGAAACAAUGCCUUGCAAAAGCUAUAAAGUCAUACUGUGAAUUGCGAGUAUUACCUUUUGCAGAAAACAAGACUGUUGUGUUUUGAGGUGAACAGAUGGAGAAAAGCAGUUGAAAAUAGUUAUAUCUUGUAUGUGCCAUUCAGUUUACUCAUUACAAUUUUUAAGUCUACUCAUUGGCACCACUUUGUUGAUACAUUUUAAUACAUAACCCACAAGUGGAAGCCAUAAAGUAAAAGUCAAGCGUUCUUUUUCGUCAGCUUGCCGGAAUUACCAUACUUCCUCUAAUUUACUAUAGCUUAUUUUGCACACCUUUGAUGCAUCUGUAAACUGUGCCUUACGUGAAUUCUUAUAGGAAUUUUACAAUAUUGCCUUUUGCCCUUUGA